GUCUACGAUUCAUGUGACUAUAAAUACAUGGCUACAUUCAUCCAUGAACCCUUUCAUGCUGCAACCGGAGACUGCAAAUCGCAAACCAUCUGCCAAAAUGAAGAAAAACACUGCUGUUGCUAACUGUUCAGAAAGUUUAUCGAAGCUUGAAGACAUAUUACGCCACGGCCGAGAAAAUAAACACCACACGAGUGCUGAGUUCAAUUGUCGCGUGGUCAUUAAAGGCGUACGUAAUAGCGAGCAAUGGUUUAGACUUAUGUGUAGAGGCGGGAAAUGCAUGAAAGGUGUCUUUGCUGAUCAAGGGGAGCUCUGGUGUGCUGGCUGUGAAAACCCAGUUAUGUUCCCUCGGGCAAGGUACCAUCUUGAACUUGAUGUCCUGGAUUCCACGGCAAGUGUAGUCAUUGUGUGUUUCGAUGACACUGCACAGAUACUAACCCACACCACUGCUCAGGAUAUACUCAAUGUGGAAUCGGGUCUCACGCGUAUCAACACCGUUUAUUCCGAAAACACCCCGGCUAGCUUUACUCCAGUCAUAAUACAGAACUCUAAUGGUGGCAUCUCAGCGCUCCCAAACUGCUUGCACUCACUGGUGGGCACCACCCGAACCAUCCAAGUCGACACAUCCACAUAUUACAAUCAUGGCACCUUUGAGAGCUUCAACUGCAAACGUGUACUCCCAGACGAAACAAGCUGGCAACCUGUUAGACCUACCAGUCCUGCUCCCAUUACUAGGCUGGAUAAAGGAGUGAUGACAAUACCAACACCAGUUAAGCUCAAAGAAACGAACAGAAAGUCCAUCCCUACUUAUGCGGGUUUUGAAUCAGAUGGUUCUAUGAAUAACACUCCCUGUGAAAGCCCCACUUAUGAAGCUUCGUAUUCAGAUGGUUCCGUAGGGAGCGCACCAGGUGAAAGUGGACCGUCAACUACAUAGCCAUGCAUGAACGCCUUAGGAUUUCUUGAAUUGUUGAAUAAAACCGGGAACUCCGUAACCUACUUUUAAGCUUUUCCCCCUAUAAUGUAUGUUU